GUAGAAUUCCCUGCGUGACUAGACGACACAUGCGGCUGGUCCUGGCCAUCUAUGUGCCCAGAGCCCCAGAGACUAUCGUGAUCCCGUCCCAACUAGCUAUUUUAAGCCCCUCGCCGCGCCAGCGUGAGGAGGCCGAAACCCCAAGACACGCACGCACACCUGUACUGUCGAGUGCUCGAUCAAUUCCUUCAUGGACAGGAGCCGCCACGACAGGACCGGCGGCCACGGCGUGGGCGUCGGCGGCCGGCUGCGGCAGCGGCUCGCGCAGAUCCUCCUCCAUUCGUCCUGCGCCACCACCUCGGCCACCGCCUUCGUCGGCGUCGCCGGUAGCGCCAAUGCCGCGGCCUCGCGCCAAGAACCACCUCCUCUAGCUCGGUGCGCGCACGAGCAGCGGCCCAAGCCCUUCGAUGGCAGGUCGUCCCAGCGCCGCCGCCGCCGCCGCAGCGCGCGGGCGCUUGUUCACAUCUCCAUCGACUGCUCCGCGCGCACGGUCGGCGCGGCGGUUCUGCCUUCGCCGAUGCCGGCGGCGAGGGACGUCGGCGCCGUGAAGAGCGGCACGCGCAAGAAGGGUAAUGGCGCCGAUAAGGCACGCUCGCCGCUGUACAGCUGGUCGUCGUCCACCGACACCGACGGCGAGCUGGCCCCGUUCAGCAGCGACGGGGAGAGGGGCCAGGCGACGGACACGAGGUCGACGCUCUUCUCGUCCCACAGCUUCUCCUCCGACUCCACGGCGGACUUCUACACCGCCACCGGUGCUUGCGCCAGGCCGAGGCGGCACACGAACCCACCUCGCCGCGCGCCGCCGAGGCGCGCGCUCAGGCCCGCCGACGCGUUCCGGCCGGCCGCGGCACCCGCCACGGCGGGUAAGCACGACGCGGAGAAGAAGAAGAGGAAGCUGGUGGAGCGCAAGGACGGCGCCGCCGUGGCUGCCGCGGGCAGCAAGGCGGUGGUGAAGCGGUCGCACAACCCGUACGCCGACUUCCGGAGCUCGAUGGUGGAGAUGGUGGCCGGGCGGCGCCUCCGCGGCGCCGACGCGCUGAGCGAGCUCCUGGUGUGGUACCUGUCCCUGAACUCGCCGCGGCACCACCCGGCCAUCCUCGCCGCCUUCGAGGACGUCUGGGAGGCCGUCCUCGGCAACGAUCCCUGACCGGUCGCCGUAGCCUUUUACGCCCGUAGUGUGCCGCGCGCGUCUCCCAUGUAUAGCUCUCGUCAGUUUCUUUCGAUCGGUGAACGCGUGUUUUGAUUCUGUCAGCUAGCAUUGCCACGUUUGCUCAAUGCAAUUUAAUUUCAAGCUCUCCUCCA